AUGUGUGAUGAUACUAAGCAAUAUACAUACUCUUCCCAUACACCGGCACUGCCAACGCCAUGUAUGGGACCAGCAAUCUCAUGGCCUUCCCACCACACCGGCACUGCCAACGCCAUGUGUGGGAAGCCUAGUAACCAGGGAAUGGAUAAAAAGCAACUUCAACAGCCUUGCCCAUGCGCCGCCACACGCGCCGGCAGCGCGUGGGUGUGUAGAGAAAUUUCCGGCGACGGGAAAAUCUCCACACCAACGCUCACCCUUCCUACCCUAGCUUCUUCUCAAGGUCAGGAUCACUUUAUUCAACUACCACGAGGUCCAAUUCGCACGGGAACUGGCCGGAAUUUCCAAUUGAAAACUGGCCAAAACCUAGGUUUCCAAUUCGGUUCCAAACCUCAAAAUCGAUCAAAACCUAAACAACAGUCAGCUAGAAUACGUAAAAAGGAGAAGAAAACUCACCAACUUUACCUGAAACAGACGGCGGAGGCGGCGGCGCAACGAUCGGAAACUUCCGGUUUGAACCAGUCGAUACCGUCGACGAUCCUCCGGCUUUCCGGCAAGGAAAUUGGGUGGGUCUUAAUCGGGACUUCACGACGAGUCCAACGGGACUGGUCUCGAGGGCUGAGGUGA